GCAGAGAGGGAUGAAGGACACUGAGCGGAGGCCAGUGGAUGGAUUGGCAGAGGGGGGUGGAGGACACUGAGUGGAGGCCAGUGGAGGGAUUGGCAGAGAGGGGGUGGAGGACACUGAGUGGAGGCCAGUGGAGGGAUUGGCAGAGGGGGGUGGAGGACACUGAGUGGAGGCCAGUGGAGGGAUUGGCAGAGAGGGGGUGGAGGACACUGAGUGGAGGCCAGUGGAGGGAUUGGCAGAGAGAAGGGUGGAGGACACUGAGUGGUUGGCAGUUGCAGUAGUCGAGGUGGGAGAUGACCAGGGAGUGAAUUAGGAGCUGUGCGGUGUGAUUGGUCAGGAAGGGGCGUAUUCUGGAGAUGUUACGGAGGUUGAGGCGCCAUGAUUGGACAGGAUUGGAUGUGGGACUGAGAGGACA